AAAUUUAAGGUGGGACCAUAGAGAUAUGGUGGAACAUUGCAUUUCUUUUAUGACCGUAUCAGAUAAUGGGACAACUAGAAGGAAAUGCAUAAGAUAACAACUAUUAAACAUGACUGAAAGGACAAAUAAAGCGUUAGUGACCACUACAGCUUUAGCUGCAGCUGCUGGUUGCAUUGCAACUUGGAAACUUUACAGCGAAUGGCAAAAAAUACGGAAUGCGAAGGAACGAAAUUUGACAGAUCUCGCGCGUGAAAUAAACGCAGAUGAUCUUGCUAUUCUUGCUCGGUCAGAGAAUUAUGCUUUGAAAAAUUGUGCAAAGCAAGUACUCACUGAUCGCAUGGUAUCAAAGAAAAAUCUGCAAUAUCUACUUGAGCAAUGCACGUCAGAGAAUCAGACCCGUCAGAUGAAAGCCGUGAGCGUACUGUGUACGAUUUGUAAAACGCGGGAAUUCAAGCCCAUCGUCAUGAAGAACAAUGUACUGGCUACUUUGCUCAAAUGCGUAAAAAUGAUUUCAAAUGAUUUUCAAGUGGCAAAGUUAGCAGAGAAUUGCUACGCAGAUUAUGAGGUUGAGCAAACAUUGAAGUUCUCGAUUGUUACAAUUCUUGAUCUAGUUUCUGAAUCGGACUCAAAUCUAACUGUGUUCUUUAAAACAUGUAAAGAACUGGUUGCUUUUUUGUUGGAACUUAUCUCAGAUCCAUCAGAUAAUAUAACAACGGAUAUUCGAAGAUUGUCUAUCUUGAUUUUGCAACAAAUGAUGCAGCAUGAACAAAUGAGAUGCAACCUUAUAAGCUAUGGAAUUAUACACCGUACAACUCUAUGUUUCCUCAGAACAAUUGGUGAUGCUUGGAUCUCAAGAAAUUGUUUACAAAUAUUGGUGAUGCAUAUUAACCUUUUUGAAGAUUAUGUUACUGAAGAGUUUCUUCAAGAAAUGGCCCAGCUGGGGAUCAUACCUGUGUUGGUUGGAUGUCUUAAAUCAGAUGAUCCUGAUUUGAUUUACUGGAGUACAGCAUUGUUGCAUGAGUUUUUGCUGAAAGAUCUUCACAGAGGUGUUAUCUCAAAGAUUCCAAACCUCGUCAAAACAUUGUAUAAUAUACUUGUCAGCAGUGAGUCAAGUUUACAGAGACUUGUUUUAAGAAUUUAUUGUUUCCUGAGCAUCAAUGAUGACAAUUUCAAGAAAAAGUUGCUGAAGUUUAAGCCACUUUUGAAGAGAUUGUCAGUCUGCCUGGCUUCUGGAAACACUGACCUUUUAUACUGGUCAAUGUUGUUGGUUCAUGAUCUGGCCAUGACAGGAAAGCAAGCUGCUUUGAAAAUGAUCCAAGCAAAUGAAGAUUUGCUCAAGUCAACUAUACUGUUGACUCAAGAUACACUAGAGGGACCCUGUGACAUCAAACUUGUGGCUGAAACUCUUGGUUUCUUUUGCUCUUGUGAGCCCCUGCAUAAAAUGGCAGUAGAAUAUGGAUGCAUAAAAACAGUGCUUGGGCUCUUAAAGUCCGAAAGUACAGAAUUGCAGUUUUGGGCUUCGUCAUUGCUCCUUAAUCUUGCGAUGUCUUCUGAUGAAGCUAGAGAGAGGAUCAUAAAGGAUGGUGGCAUUGGAUUGUUAUUGGAAAUGGCAGUUAAAGAAUCAGAGAUGCCACAGAUAACUGCACAGGCCUCAAAAAUUUUAGUCAUGUUGGGGUUUACAGAUGCAAGUCUACAACUUAGUCUGAAGGCAGGUAUAGACUCAAGUAUAAAAAUUGAUGGCAAAGAGCAUAGCCCUGUCAAGCAUGGAAUAAACAUGGUUAAAAUCAAUUUCUUGGAAUAUAAAAUCAGUAGAGGCAGGGCAUUUGACUUGGGGAAUUUGACUGAUGCUGCCAGUUUGUUGGCAGAGCUAAAGAAUCUCAAACACAAUGAGCUUUUCAUUAUGACAACACAAGGUGAAGUCAAUUCAUUUAUGAAAGAGGUUCAAGGAAUGAAUAUCUUAACAGCUUUGGAAGAGUAUGGCCUAUGUCAUGACAAAUUUGAGGAAAAUGAUUGUUGGUGUGUUGUUGCACAGUCAGACAGAUGCAACAGUGUGAAGUCUAUACUGGCAAAUCAGGCAAAAGAGAGUCUUGAACUGACCAUAUCAAUAAAUUUAUCUGAUCAAGUAAACACUUUUGUUCAGGAAAGUUUGCUCAAACCCAUCUUGAAUAUCCUUGUAAGUGCACCGGCUUGCAGCAAUAUAAGCAAAGUUCCAGAGCUAGAGAUACUGUCAACUUUGGCACGACACCAGAAGCAUCAAACUGUCAUGCUCUCAACCGCUGGCCUGUUAGACUACAUUGCCGAAUUGAUUUGGUGUUUCGCCUGCAUGGGCACUGAUCAGUUAGCCGCAAAGCCUCUCAUGGUUGCUCACUGCGUAGGAGCAAUGAAGAUUUCGCACUCGCUUAGCACCAACCCUGACAGCCACAACAGAUUCUGCGACAGUCCUUUGUUGGGUGCCAUCAAAUCCUUCCUUUUUACGAGUUGUGGUGUGCUGCUAGUCUCUUUAAAAGAGGACGCUGAAUACUUUGAAAGGGCAAAUUUGAGACGCACCCUUUGCUCGCCAGACGAAGAUAUUUUUGUUAGUGGCAGAGAAUCGCAAUUAGUUUCAGAGUCCAGCAACAAAAAUACAAGGCACUCAGCUGUUUUCAGCGAUAUUGUUGACGUAAUGGGCGAAACAGAUUCGUCUCACAAUGUAAAUCUUGCUGUUUUCCAAACACGGAAACCUGGGCAAACCGAGCGUUAUUCGGUUGGAGCGAGUGAUGUCUUCGAUGAGGGAUCAGGGAUAAUUUCACCUUUCUGUGCGGAUCCAAAGACACAAGGAGAGGAGAUCGAAGCUUUGAUUGCUCAGGUGACCUUCGAAAAGACGUUUCGCAAAAUCAAAGAAGAUGACAUUGCAGAUGGGGACAAACAACUUAUCGAUGCAUGUGCUAUUAUAAAAGAUGAGACGGACCAAGUCCAAGAAGACGAUGUUGCUGCUGCUGCUUCCUUUCCUGUUAGAGAGGAAUUGAAUUUCGAGUUUCAAAAUGAAGUGAAUUACGAAGGGAUGAGAAGAAAUCCGAACAGGGAUUCAAGGCUCAGCGAGAGGAGCCGGAGCUCAAGGCGGAGCGAAAGUGACUUUGGGCGGAGAGCUGAUGAGCAUGAUAAUGAUAAUUUUGACUUCGACGAUUUCGAGGAGGAAGAUCUACCUCCGAUUCCUGAUAAUGAUGAUGAUGACCUUGGAUUGUCUCAAGGCAGAGGAUUCUUUGACGUAACAAGGAUGGCGUCAGCACAGCGAAUGCGCUCUUCUUCGGCUUUCAACCCGAACGAUUGGCCCACUACGCGUACUGGCUCUCUCUCCAGAACUCUAAGUGAAGCGGCUCAAAGAGCUAAAUCUCCACUGAAAGAUAUUGCUUCAGACCUGGAGGAUUUUGACGAAGCGCUUGUGAAUUUGACGAAUUAUGCCUUGAUGACUACUUAUUUUGCAAUUCAUCGUGGAGAACAUAAGCAAUGUGAAAACAUAAGUGAUAUUUUCCGAUUUGUUCAUAUUCUGUGGUGCAUUUUACUAGGUUGCAAGCAGGAAAACAGAAUCCAAUGGGGAAUGGUAGUCGCAGCCACUAUAAGCAAGCUGUGCUCAGCUUCACCAAGUGAUGGCGAGAAUGAAGCUAUCGAAUAUACGCAUGUUGUGAAGCUGGAUGUCAGCAAUAUGACUACGUCAAUGUUGAUCAGCAAUGAUUACUUGGAGGUUUACAAUGGAAACUGGACUUUCGAGAGCAUCACUGCGACAAAACAUGUCUCAAAACUUGUUUCUGCGCCUGGUACAUUAUCAGGCUGGUACUACGAAGUCAGUCUUUUCAGCAAAGGCAUAAUGCAGAUAGGCUGGACAUCUGAUCGAACAUUGCAUGAGCCCGAGAAGGGCCUAGGUGUUGGUGACAACCCGAAGUCCUUUGCAUUUGACGGAUCAAGGUGUCGAGUAUGGCAUGGACAAGGACCACACGAUGACAGCAAGGAAAACAAUUACGGAAAAAAAUGGUCGAUUGGGGAUACUGUGUCAUGCUUGCUGUCAGUUAAUGGAGAUGCCUCCUUUUGGCUCAAUGGGCAAGAUCUUGGCACUGGGCUGAAAAACAUUGACAUGUCCUUAGACUGGUAUCCCGCAGUUUCUCUGUCUUUGGACCAACAGUGCAAAGUGAAUUUCGGUGGAGAACAUUUUCUGUACGAGCCCCCGCUUGGCUACAAAAGCAUCGAGCAAGCAGCAUCCACUGAAAUGCAAGCUUUGCACUCACAGACAAAGCAAGACGAUGUUUUUGACGAAUUAAGCCAGGCACACACUUCAGUCGUUUCUACAAAAUCAACAGACGUUGCAGAUUGGCAACCUAUUGUUCCCCAGUCUCCUCCAACUUUGAGCAGAAAAGCAGCUUUGCAAAGGCACAAAUCUGAUCUUGAUUUUUCACCAAAGGAUUUGUUGGAUUCAAAAGGCCUGGUGGAUGCUUGUGAGGUUUUAUACUUUGAAGUGAAAUGCUCAGCAAAUAAGGAAACAACGACUUUUGAUAUUGGAUACCAGUCCGUAGCAAGGAAGAAAAAGUUUGCGUGUAAAGUGAAGGAAAAAAGACUUUUCAUACCAAAUGGGGACGAGACUACAUAUGAGAUUAUUCAUUUUGACGAAAUUGUUGGCUGCGGACUGAUUUGGCCAAUCAAGAAGAUUUUCUUUACCAUUGAUGGUAUAGGCACCCAGUUUGCAAUCAAUCUUGCUGAUCGAAAAGGAACUUGGGAAGAAAGUCUAGAUGAAAUUAUUCCAUAUUUCUCCAAGGAAGGUCUGCAUGUUAAUUUUGGUCAAGGACUUUUUUGGUCACAAACAAUGAACUCGUCGUUCUUCAGGAGAAACUUUUUUCAAAUUAUGCAUGAUGCUAUUUUAAGGAGAGAGGAAGGAACAUGAGGAUUUAAAAGGAUCACUUCAGACUUAUCUAGUUGAGUUUAGUUUAGCUUAACUUUCUGUUUUGUUUUGUUAUGUUUUGUUUUGUUUUGUUUUGUUUUGUUUUGUUUUGUUUUGUUUUGUUUUGUUUUGUUUUGUUUUGUUUUGUUUUGUUUUGUUUUUUUCAUUUUUCCUCAUACAUGUAUAGUUUGUAGUUGAAACCUAGGUGAAGUAAAAUGAUUUAGUAGAGUUGAAAAAACAAGUACUGUUUGCCUACGGUUUGGUUCAGGCCUCAAUUUUCAUUCGCGCCUCUAUAUUGGCUUUUAGACUGUUGUCUGGCAGUUUGGAAUCUAGCAUAGAAGCCUUGAAAUCUACAGUAUUACUUUGGAAUUAACAUAACCCACGCAAAGUUUAGUCACCUGUCAUGUUUAAAUAACCAGUAUCGAUUACCGUAAUUCUUAUGCUACAGUUUAUAACUUCAUAAAGCUGGGUAUGAGGGCCUUUUGUAGCAUAUUUACUAUUGGAGAAUUCGCACCUAAUGCCCAAAUUACAUUUCUUGGUCUAAGACAAAAGACUAUUGUUCUUUCAGCC